AUUUCUCAUGGGGUAAUUUUCCAGGAAUUAGAACCAGAUUUAGCAGGUUGCAUAAGAAAGGUGGUGAGAGUUAUAAAUAUGUCAGAAGCUAACUUUGAGCUGUGAAGAUACUGACACAAUGAAGUUUGUGGUCCUUGCUUUGCUCGUUGCCGGCGCCUAUGGGUGCGGCAAUCCCACCUUCCAGCCCGUGGUGAGCAGAGUGGUUAACGGAGAGGACGUCAGGCCUCACAGCUGGCCAUGGCAGAUUUCCCUGCAGUACAACAGUAACGGUGAGUGGAGACACACUUGCGGAGGCACUCUGAUCUCUAGCCAGUGGGUCCUCACUGCUGCUCACUGCAUCAGCUCAGGCCGGGAGUACAGAGUGGCGUUGGGAAAGCACAACCUGCUGGAGGAUGAGAACGGCUCUCUGUUCCUGGGCACUGCCACCAUCGUGGUGCACGAGGACUGGAACUCGUUCUUCAUCCGUAAUGACGUUGCCCUGGUCAAGCUGGAGGCCCCCGUUGAAUUCUCUGACACCGUCCAUCCUGCUUGUCUUCCUCCUGAUGGCUUCAUCCUCCCCCAUAAUGCACCCUGCUUUGUGACCGGGUGGGGUCGUCUAUACACCGGAGGUCCCAUCGCUGACAUCCUGCAGCAGGCUCUGCUGCCCGUUGUGGACCACGCCACCUGCAGUCAGUCCGACUGGUGGGGCUCUCAGGUGACACAAACCAUGGUCUGCGCUGGUGGAGACGGAGUUGUUGCUGGAUGCAAUGGAGACUCUGGCGGUCCUCUGAACUGUCAGGGCUCUGAUGGAUCCUGGGAGGUUCAUGGUAUUGUCAGCUUUGGCUCUGGGCUCGGCUGCAACUACUACAAGAAGCCCACCGUCUUUACUCAAGUCAGCUCUUUCGUGGACUGGAUCAACACUACAAUGGUGGCCAACUGAUAGAGCACCAUUUUGGGACCAAGGCUAUCACUCUAGCCUAGCAAAAUAAAGCCUUUUUACCUACUCUA